AUGGCUACAUCGGCGGUUUCAACGUUGGUCGUGAUUUUGUUGCUGAUAAGAUCCUCAACAGCUCAACCAAAACCAGAUGACACAUCGUGCAUUGAGGGUAAUCAGAAAAAGAUUCUCGACUGUUGCCGAAUGCCCUUGCUUGUGAGUCAAGGUGUGGUGGCUCGCUGUAUGAUGGAGAACCCGAUGACUCUGGCCGUCCCGGGAGUUCAGCGAAUGGAGGGUUGUUGCAUCGCUCAAUGCCUUUUGACGACGCUCAAUGCUUUCAGCAAUAACACCAUCGAUAAAGAAGCCGCCAAACGUGCCUUCGCCCAAAGUCUCAGCUUGGAUGCGUACUUCAUUCCCCUCAUCAACGCAGUGGUCGAUGAGUGCUAUAAUUUGGUGAACAACAAUGCGGCUUACAAAGCUGUUCCAGUUGCGCCCAAACCCGGACGUAAGGCAUGCAGUUUUGCACCGGAAGGUUUUCUUAAUUGCGUUAAAACCAAAUUAUUCCAGCUUUGCCCAGUCGCAGUUUGGACGAAAAAUCCAGCUUGUGAUCGCUUGAAGCAAAAGUUAGCAUUCGGAUGCUCGUUUGACUCAUUGAUGGGCUAGAAUCUUUGCCUAAUAACAAAUAUUUGUCGGAUAUCGAUAUCGAUUUCUAAUCGGUUUGAUAGAUGUCCGGAUAAACCUGACAAAUAUUUGUCAUCAUAACGAACAGUGGAGAAUUAUAAUGUAGAUACGAAGCAAUUAUAUGGAAUGAUUUAUCAGUGGCUGUUAAACAAGGAACACAUUUUUCUAGUUGUUCAUG